GAGAAAUGUAUCUUAAUAGCUCAAGUAUUGAUUGGAGAAGAACCUGUGGUUGAAUAUUGUCCAUCUUUUAUGGAGAGAUUAGAACUUGAUGCUUUCUUCCGAGAUCAUCAAAUUGCAUUAGAAGUGCAAGGAGCACAACAUCAACUUCAUAAUACUAGCUAG